AACCAACCAGGAACAGGGAACAAGGAAGUCGUGCACCUGUUGCCUCUGCCUUUCUGCCUAACUUUCAGUUCCUGCUGCGACGUCGAUAAUUAGUGCAGGUGUUGGGAAGCUCCAUCAUGGCAGAGGCUGAGAGGGAGGCAGCUCCCAGUGCGGAGCCGCAGCAUCAGCUCAGCUCUUCCGCCGGCGGCCCGGGGGACAGUCAGCCUGUCACCCGCGCUGAGGCCUCUGAGGAGCGGACAGCGGCGGGCGGAGCGACCCGGUCUCCGCUCGGUGCCGUCUCUGUGGAGACAUCUCCGGAACAGUUCAGAGUCAGAAGGUUCUUCGUGCUGAGGCCUGGCACUCUGAAUCAGGCCAUCAAAGACAUUGAAGCUCUGGUGGAUAAAGAAGUCGAUGGCAGCAUUCACAGCAUCUGGCUGUUGGCAGAGGUGGAUCACUGGAACAACGAAAAGGAGCGUGUUGUGCUCAUCACAGAAAACUCUCUCCUGGUCUUCAAGUACGACUUUGUCAUGUUCAGCUGUGAUCAGAUACAGAGGAUCCCGCUGAACUUUGUGGACCGCAUCUCCCACGGCACCUUCAGCUUCCCGAAGCGCUCCCUGCUCACGAGAGAAGGCGAGGGGAUGCGGAUCUUCUGGGACCGGCUGAGAGAGCCCUCCUUCACCUCCAGGUGGAACCCGUUUGCCACCGACUUCCCUUUCAUCACCUUCACCUACCACCCUGUGAGGAACAUCAGUGACACGUUCGCUGCUCUCUGCGACAUCCAGAACUUUCGGGAGCAGCUCAGGGAUGCAGCACAGAAAGUCCAUGCCAUGAAGCCCGUUCCUGGGAAGGCCAAUGGUGUCCUGGUCCUGAAUCAGCAGAUCCACAUCGAGGCCUAUGUGGGCCUUAUGUCUUUCCUUGGGAACCAGAACAAACUGGGCUACUGCAUGGCUCGAGGAAACAUUGGCUUCUAAACCCUUCAAUAUUAAUAUAAUACUUUUGUUGUUGUUGUUGUUUGCUCUAAUUUAGUCUUUUCUUGAAUUCAUUUUGAUAAGUUUGUUUACAGAGAGUUCAUCAUUCUUGAAGGAUUGACCAAAGAUUUUUUCCAUAUUCAGGUUUGCUUUUGUUUCACGUUGAGGCCUGGAUUCCCAGGAUGAGGUGUAUGAGGUUUAAACAACUGUGUGAUCUCCCCCGCCGCUUAUUACCAGUGUGUGGUGUCUGAGUACUCAGAAAUAUCCACAUUUCAACACCACACUUCACUGGAUGACGGAUCCCCUGCUGCUCUCAAGGAGCUUUGUAUUUGCUCCUCAGUGAUAUGGUAAUUCAACUCUUUCGCAACGGGACUCCUUUCUUCCUCCCCCAGUUUCUCUGCUAAAAGCUCAUUCUUAUGCCAUUCAGCCCCUUAGAGAUUCACUGGAGCAUGGGGGCACAUUUGUCAGUUUAUCAUUUGUCGGGUAUUUUUACAGUGCGUACAGUGCUGGAAUUUCCCCUUGAUUUGUGUGUUUACUGUGUGUAGCUCUACCUUGUUUGGUAUCGCCCGUUUGUCUUGUGCGCCUGUCACAGACAUGAAAAUAUAAAAUGACAGAUUUUGCUUUUAUUGGUAUAAAAAAAUAGGCUGUUUUUUUAAUGGA